GUUAUAGGAUCAUAUCGACAACGUUCAUCACGCGGCUUGUUACCAUUUAUUGAGCUGAAUGGCAGACAGAUAGCUGACUCGCAAGUAAUCAUCUGGGAGUUGCAGAAACAUUUCAAACUUGAGGAUGGUCUAGCUGGUAUGGAACGCGGAACAGCUCGUGCUUUAGAACGUAUGGUUGAAUUGAGCAGUUUGUAUGCUCUCUUGCAAGACAAGUCGGUGCUCAACGGACCAGCUUUCAUGAGUCGCUCCGUGAGCGGUCUGCCACUCCCAGCUUUCGCCACAAACUGGAUGGCCAAGCGAUUUUCGGAAACC